AUGAGCUUCGUGAGGGCAUUUUCGUUCCUCACGGUCGUGAGUAUCGUCACGUAUACUAUUCUUUCAAUAGCCACGUCAUUCCAUCCGGUGCCGAUGCCCGAGAUCGAGAAGAAUGAGACAGUCAUAGAUAUCCCGGCUUUGGGACUGGGGACAUGGCUUGCGGCACCCCAAAAGGCAGCGCUUGCAGUAGAACAUGCUCUCCGAGGAGGAUAUCGCCACAUCGACGCCCCUCUCAAGUCGCACAACGAAGAACCCGUCGGCAAGGGCAUCAAGGCAUCCGGGAUCAAGCGCGAGGACAUCUGGGUCACCAGCAGAUUAGAAAACGAGAACCACCGACCCCAACUAGUCCGAAAAGCCAUCGAAACCUCCAUCGCCAACCUCGGAGUCGAGUACCUAGACCUCUACCUCGUCAACUACCCCAUCGCUUGGACCCCCGACUCCGAUCCCCUCACAAGAGAAAUCGACAAUAAGACCACUCUGGAGGACACAUGGAAAGCCAUGGAGGGGCUUGUCCACGCUGGUCUGACGCGUCACAUCGGCAUCUCCAACUUCUCGCCCAAGGAUAUUAAGAAGAUCCUUAAAAUCGCCACGAUCCGACCUUACGCGCAUCAAUUCGAAACACAUCCUUAUCUCCAACAACAGUCCUUUGUCGACUUCCACAAGAAGGAAGACAUCAAAGUGAUCGCCUACUCACCCCUCGCAAACACGAACCCGACCUACGGCGAUCAAUACCCCGCCAUCCUCGAAGAUAAAUUCUGGGUCAACAUGGCCGAGAAGAAGAACUUGACCGUUGCCCAAACAAUCUUGGCUUGGGGUCAAGCAAGAGGCACUGUGGUUGUCACCAAGAGUGUUCAUCCUGACUUUAUCUCUGACAACUUCUGUUCGCAGGAUGUUGAGUUUAGCAAAGAAGAGUUGAAGGAGAUUGAGAAAGAGGAUAAGAAGAUAAGAUUGUUGAACCCUAAGCACUGGGGUGAUUUGUUUGAGGGGCUCGAUGCCGGGGCUCCUGAGAAGGAGGAGCCUGAGGCAGAGGAGGAACGUAAUUUGGACUUGUGA